CUUUCUACUUAAACUAAAGAAGAAACCAAGUAGGAACAAACUAUAAGACCCCACUGUGCUUCUUCUCAUCUCAUUCUCAAACCCAUCAUAACCAAUAAUUGAAUUUGAAUCUAGAUCUAUGCACUUAUACUCCCUCAAACAUUGUUAUGAUUCUUUGUUGAUAAUAACCAGUUAACUGUUCAGUGCAGUUCUCUUUGCAGCCAAAAAUCAGUUCCCAUCUGUGACCGACGAAAUGAAAGAAGCAAGUGCAUUAGGAGCUAGAACUGCACGAGCAUGCGAGAGCUGUCUAAAAGUAAGAGCACGGUGGUAUUGUGCUGCUGAUGAUGCUUUCCUUUGCCAUGGCUGUGACAACAUGGUUCACUCGGCAAACCAAUUAGCACGCAGGCACGAAAGGGUGAAGCUUCAAACUGCAUCCUCUAAGGUCAACUACUCAGUGACCUUUAAGCAGAACAAUAAGGUAGCAUGGCACAGUGGAUUCACACGCAAGGCAAGAACACCGCGCCACAACAGCAAGCACGUAUCGGUGCAGCUACAAGAACAACAGAAGAAAAUACACGAAGAAGGAGAAGAAGAAGAAGUGUUUUUCAACAACACCAUUAGUCUUCCCCUUGUGCCAGAGCUUGGAAGUGAAGAAGCACUGCACAAUUAUGAGAGUGAGGAGCAGCUAUUGUGUCGCGUGCCCGUGUUUGAUGCUGAGCUUUGUAGUGUAUACAAUGAAGUGAAGGAAGAGGUUUUAGCUGGUGAAGAAGUCUUUGACUUAGACAAUUUUUCUUCCGAGCUUCUGCCAUCAGAUAUGGAUCUUGCUGAGUUUGCUGCUGAUGUGGAAAGCUUACUUGGAAACGGAGCUGAUGAGGAUUCAUCUGAGCACGUGAAAGGAUCAGAACUGCUGCUUGAUUGCAAAGAAGAAGAUGAAGAAAUGGAUGCAUGUGUUGAUGCAGUUGGAGUCAAAGAAAAAAUGGUGAAGGUCAAAGAUGAAGAAGAACUUGAUUCUGAUACACCUUGCCAUUUGGAUUCGAUUAUUCUUGACAUGAACAGCGAGGCCUUUAAUUGGAAUGAUAUUGUUGAGUCAGAAUCACUUGCUCAGGAACAGGAAGAGGAGGCAAGUACAGUGGGAACCGACAAGAAGGACAUGUUUUUGAGGCUAAACUAUGAAGAUGUUAUUAGUGCUUGGGCCAGUCAAGGUUCUCCAUGGACAACAGGAACCCCACCAAACUUCAAUUCUGAUGAUUGCUGGCCAGAUUUCUUGGGUUCGAAUGGAGGGGAUGUUCAGUGCUGUUAUGGGGAAAUGAAAAGUUUAAGAGGGCAUGCAGAUGGUGGAAGAGAAGCAAGAGUGUCAAGAUACCGAGAGAAGAGAAGAACUCGUUUAUUUGCAAAGAAGAUAAGGUAUGAAGUGAGGAAGUUGAAUGCUGAGAAAAGACCUAGAAUGAAAGGUCGAUUUGUGAAGAGAACAUCAGCUGCUUUGCCAGCAUAGUUAUCAUCAUCAAUCACCACUGACACCAACAAAGUAAUCAAAUUAAUGGUUAACUUUUCCAAAGUUUGAUUUUGUGGAAAGGUUAAUUAGGUUAAUUGAUUAUCAUUAGUUACUUGGUUUUGCCAUGCACGUGCAAUGCCAUCACUAGGUCAGGUUUCUCUUUCUUGGGAUAUUUAUUGAUUUCUCUAGCAGGUCCUAGCUAGCUAGUACUAAUGGUAGCUCCUCUCAGCAUUUUCAUGGCUUUGGUAUUCAGUUUCAGAAGCCCUUUUUCAAUGUUGGUUAUAUAUAAGAAAAUGUAAUGUAUGAGUAUGCUGAUGUUAUUUUGUAUAUGUCUGUUUUUCCUUAAUUAACUCUUUGAGGUUACUGAUUAACAGUGUUCAACAUAUAUCAGGUACUUAAAUAUCUACAAGUUUUACAUCUGCUCCUCCUUAGCAUUAUUCUGAAUAAUGUGCUUUGCAUAGGAAGAAGAAGGAAAGCGACAGGUGAAAUGGACUAAGAUUAACAUGUCUGAACAAAUUCACUCUCAAUCUUCUAAGAACUGAUGAAUGGGAAAUCUGAAGUUUAUUCAAUGGUGGACACACAUAGAGACUAAUUAACAAGCACAUAAAAGAAAAUGACAUUAGUAAUUCAAACAGUAACGAGGGUAGCAUAGGUUUAGAGAUUUGUUGAAUAACUUAAACUUAGUGAAAUAUGUUGUUAUUUAUCAAGCAGCAUGAUGUUAUCUUCUUCACAUGCAAGUUUGGUUUUCUCUUUGUUUCUAUGUGAAUAUGAUGAUGAGGUUGAUGCAGAUAAACUUCAAAAAAGUCAAUGUAACAGUUGGGCAGAAGCUCAAAAUGGCAAGUGGGCCAUUACAUAAAUUCAUAUCACAUUAACCUUUGUGGA